AGUGUAGCAUUUGUCAAUUCAACCAUUAGACUAAUUACCACCGGAUUUAUUUGUCCUAUAUAAAUUGUUUUAAAUUAAACGUGGAAAAAAAUCGAUUUAAUUGUUAUAAAAAAAUUAAGUAAAAUUUAAGAUAAUGGCCGAAGGAACUUAUGAAUAUGAAUGUAUGAGAGCUGAAUUGUUGGGCAUUGCAAAGCCUGACAAAGAAGAAUUUGAAAAGGCCAGAGCCGAAAGGCUACAACAGGAACAAGAUGAACGUGAAGCAGCUGAAGCGAAGAUGCUGGAAGAACAAGAUGAAGCUUUAAAAGGUACAGGCAGUAAAUUGGACGAAUUGACUGGCAUUUUAUCAUCAACACAACAAAAACUUAAUCGUUUUAAACAAACUGCUUGCGGCAGUCUGACUAAUAUAUUCAGCAGAACUAGUUCAAUGGAUACGGGCAAGUCGCAACUCAACGAAGACACGCCCAAUACUUCAUCAAGACGUAAUACAACAGCGGCCAAUACAUCGGCCGAUAUUAAUCAGGCUCUUGAUAAUUUGGAUAAUAUGCAACAUCAGGAGGGUCAGCCAGUGAUACCAACAGAAAAAAUACGUCAAGCUAAAUUGGAUUUGGAUAAGAAAAUGACUUCUCAUUUAGAUGCUUUGGAUAGAAUGAUUAAUAAAGCCGAUCAGGCAGAGAUAGCCAUGCAUGAACAAACUAAACAAAUGCGUAAAAUGGCAAAGUAAAAUCUAAACUUGCAAUUAUUAAGUGAAAAAUUAUAUAUUUAUGUAUUUUCCCAAUUAAACAACAAGCGUUUGUGUAUAUGAUGUAGCUUGUUUUAAAAACCGUAACAAAUAUGUAUUCUAAAGUAUGUGUGUAUUUUUUAAAGAAGUUUAUUCAGUUUUAAACCUUUGUAAUUUUGAUAAUUGUAUUGUUUUAGUUCUCAAUAGAUUUAUGGGUUUCACUCGGAUUGAGUCAAAUUAUUGUCAUUUAGAACUUAAGCUUGCAAUUCUAGCAAUUACAAAUAUAAUUAUAUUUGUUCUAACGCAAAACAUCUAAAAACGUAUAAGCUUUUAUCAAAUAUUGCAAAACUAGAAGUUCCAAACAAACUGGUACAAACUUUAUACUGUUAAUGACUUCCAUAUCUUGAACUGUAAAUUCAAAGCUAGCUUAUAUUUAGCUGGUCAUCCGUUUUAUUCAAAAAUUAUUUACAACCCCUUAUGAAUUUUUUAAAAUAAUUUUUAUUAUGUUAUUGUUGUGAGUAUAAUAGCAAAUAAUAAAUAUAUAUGUAUAAAAAAUCUUAUAU